AUGCUUUCCUAUUAUUUAGGGAUUGAGCUUUCUGAUUCAUUGAUAAUUAGUCCUCACAAAGGACUGAAUCUUCCUUGGGGUUCAUGCGCAUUAUUGGUGAAACACGGGGCCUACCUACAUGCUGCAAUGACCCUAGAUUUUCAAGGGAACUGCCUCGCAGACACACAGCAUGAUCAUUACAGCCCGAGUGAAUAUUCCCUGGAGUUGAGCCGUCCAUUCCGUGCUCUUCCACUGUGGCUAACCCUGAGAUUAUUAGGGACUUCUCAUUUUGAGGAUUGCAUUAGAGAAAAGAUGGCGCUAACAAUGUUUUGUUACGAAGAAUUGAAGAAAAUUCCAGAUAUUGAAGUUGGACCUGUGCCAGAACUCUCAACUGUUGCAUUCCAGUUGAAGUCUAAGGAUAAUAAAGGACUGGAUGAACUACUGACAAAAAUAAAUCAAGAUGGUCGAUUAUUUUUGUCCUCCACCAAAAUUGAUGGGGAAUUGUACAUUAGGCUGAAUCUGAAUUCAAUAUCAACGCAUACAGCCCAUGCCAAGAAAGCUUUGAAAAUCAUCAAGGAAUUUUUGAACAGAUCCUAACAAUUGAUAUACAAAAUGUUCCCACCUGUCAUUUGUUACAGACACUGACCGUUGAACGCCUGAUACACACGCCAAAUGUUACAGAUGCCAAACGCCGAACUACAGAACACCAUCCUCAAAAAAAGUUGGGAGAUUAUAACAAUAUGUCACCACUUCUGGUGGUGAAUUAUAUUUACUAUCUCCAUGGUAUCAAUCAAUCACAUGUAUGCAUAUUCACUUAAAGGGCCAGUAGUUAUGAUAGGUAAAGCAUACAAGACAUAAUUGAGCCAUUCUUUCUGCAAUUUUUAAAGGUUGAAAAAAUUGUAGGUGUAAAAAGUGAAUUAUUGCAUUUUAAAAUUGAAGAACAUGAACUUGUAUAUUUACUUUGGAAUUUGUCAUGUUGAUGAGG